AUGGGGCACAAGAUUGUCAGUGGGUAUCUUGUGCAUUACUUUACACCCCAUGAAAUGCCAGUGUUUCCCAAAAAGAUCAUCUUUGUUAUAGAUCAAAGUGGCUCCAUGGCAGGCAGAAAAAUUGAGCAGGUGAGUGCCUGUUUUCUUAUUACGGGCACAGAUAUCAGUUGUGCCCUGCUGACUGCCACGAGUGUGCUGGGUAGAGCCGAAAGGCUGCCAGAAGAGAGCGUCUCCAUGAUUAUUUUGUUGACAGAUGGCCAGCCCACUUCUGGAGAGAGUAAUGUGGAAGUAAUUCAAGAAAACCUUCAGGAAGCAGUCAAUGGGAAAUAAGCUCUUUUCUGCCUUGGCUUCAGUUUUGAUGUCCGUUAUAAGUUCCUGGAGAAGAUGGCCCUAAGUAAUGGGGGAAUAGCACGUCGUAUAUAUGAAAACGCUGGUGCAGCCCUGCAGCUACAGGGCUUUUAUCAAGAGGUGGCUACCUCACUAUUAAUGAAAAUUGAAAUGCAGUAUCCAGAAAAUGCCACUGAGGGAUUAACCAAGAACAAUUUCAAGCUUUUUUUUGAAGGAUCCAAACUUAUCGUAUCUGGAAAAAUCAGCAAUGAGCUUGAUCUCUUGCCAGUUGAAAUUAAAGCUCAGUCCCAUGCUCGUGACUUGACUCUUAAAGAAGGAGCAGACAACAAAGAGGAGCAAGUAUUUCAAAAUCAAAGUUACGUCUUUGGAAAUUUCAUAGAGAGACUGUGGGCUUCCUUAACCAUUCAGCAGCUUCUAGAAAAAUCAUAAGCUCUUUUAAUUAUUUCAGCGCACAAAAAUGAUCAGAAAACCUUGGAGGCACAAGCCUUAGAGCUGUCUCUGCAGUGCAGCUUCAUCACACUACUCACCUCCAUGGUGCUCACCAACCCUGCUGGCCAGCAGCGGGCAGAGCUGGCAAACAAACCCCCGAAGCUGCUGAGCCCUGUUGUCGGUGUGAUGGUCAGGCAGGCACGGCUGCUUGAGGGCACUGGAAUGUCCCCACUGGAACUGGGGUUGGUGCCCGCCAGAGCAUUGCUGAGCACCGUUGCUCUCCGUCGUGAUGGACCAGCACGGCUGGAGCAGCCAGGGAGACAAAGGAGCAAACAGGGUGGCUGGGCUACUGGGACCAGGGGAGAUGCUUCUAGACUGAGGAGUAGAUCACCUUCUGCCAACGAAUAUCCACAGCUUCUCUUGCAAUUACCCGAACAAAAUGAAAUAAUCUGUUUCAAUACUAAUGGAAACCCACAGCCCUCACACCUGCUGUCAGAUCUGGAGCAAGGACUCACUGUGAUGGGGAAACUUGGAGACAGAAUAAGGCACUUUGUGCAGUUUGACAUUAACUAUGUGAAUCCUCCUGUGCAAACCCACGUCUCCACAAAUGGGAUCCUCCUAAGCCUCAAUAAUGAGAGCACUCAGCUACCGUGGACAGAGUCGGCCAGCUCCACAUCCAGGAUAUCAGAGGCAGAACGUUUACCUUCCACAGAGAAGGACCCACAGCAGCCCUUGCAGUGUGUUGUGCUGGCUGCUGCCAGGCACUUCGUGUUCCUCCAGCCGCAGAGCGCGCUCAGUGUCGCAGUUGAAAAGGAAAGGAGCGUUACAGCAUCAUUGUCCGAUACAGUCAUAGUAACAAUUUCCUUUGUAAAGUGUCCAGACGUUUUUCUUGGGCUGUAUUUAUUGAACACUGACCGUUUUUCUGAUAAAGUCAGUGGAGUUCUGGCAAGUUUCUGUGAUGUGGAAGAAGUGCUGCAAUAUAAGAAAAGUUACAGGCUUGAGUCAACCAGUGACCCUGUUGUGUGCUGGUCAAUAGAUGUAACUCCCUAG